AUGGCCUCUGGCACCACAAGUGAGGCCGCUGCUCUCAGCUCAUCACCCUCACCACCAUCAUCAAUCCUCUUCCAAACGAGCAACAGCAGCAAUGACUCCCCUGCUUUUGUCCUGCUCGACAUUCCCCGCUCCCUAGAAGAAGCCCAAGUUCCCUCCGGCCACCGGUUCACGGCUCGCAUCGUCUCCGGGCCUCCCCCGCUCGAACCUUUCGCUACCCCGGAGCCGCGCAAUGGGGCAUCGGGGGUCCAUUCGCCGUCUGCGGGAGCGAGCAUUGCUGAAUUGAUGGCUGCGGCGGCUGCUCAGAGCGCGUUGGACGAGCUUCGGGGUCGGUACUCGGGGCCGUUUUUCCUGGACCGGGUUUGCCAUUCUGCAGAGAAGGGGGAGGUGUCUGUCGAUGCCAGUGCUGAUGCCGGUUCUGAUGAAUCGGCUGGGACUUCUCACAUCAGGAUUCCGAUUGGAGCUCAAUACCUUCAUGGAACGAUCCAAGACUUGCGGCAGGCAUUCGUCGAUACGGCACCGCAGUUCAACCUCAUCGUCCUUGAUCCUCCGUGGCCCAAUCGAUCUGUUCGCAGGAAAAAGACUGGUAGCUACCGCACUGCCUACAACCUCACGGAAAUCCAGCAACUUCUCCUCAGCAUCCCUGUUCCCUUACAUCUUGCCCCCGACGGUCUAGUAGCCAUCUGGAUCACAAACAAGUCGAGUGUUUUCGACCUCAUCACCUCUCCCAGAGGGCUCUUUGCAUCAUGGGGUCUGGAACUGGUAACACAAUGGACGUGGCUCAAGAUCACUUCCUCUGGUGAGCCCAUCUUCGACAUGGAAUCCACAUGGAGGAAGCCGUGGGAGACGCUUCUCAUAGCAAAGCGCAUUGGCGCAAAAGCUCCGAGCGGGCUUAAGCCUCAGGUCAUUGUGGCGGUUCCCGAUAUACAUUCGCGGAAACCGAGCCUUCGGUUCUUAUUUGAGGAUGUUCUUGGGAGGAAUUACGCUGCUUUGGAAGUGUUUGGACGGAAUCUUACUUCUGGAUGGUGGAGUUGGGGGGACCAGGUGUUACGGUUCCAAGCUGAAGAGCAUUGGAUUGAGUCUUGA